CCAGCGGGUAACCGGGAAGGGAGGGGCCGUGAGAUCACUGCAUUCCUAAUUCAUGAGCCAGCUCGCCCAAGCGGGGACGCCUGGGUUAUGAAGGGUCUAGGGUCAGGAUUUCCGAGUCUUGAAGGAGGAGAAAGCCCAGGACCCAGACCCCUGGGUCGCAAGGAGAGAUUGUGACUGGAGGUUUGGACUCCUGGGUCCUGGAAGGAGGAGUUCUGGAGGUCCUUGCUUCUAGAUUGCUGAGGGCCCGGACUCAUCGGUCCGAGGGCUGAAGGAGCGGGGGGACCCAAUAUUCUGGAUCCGAGGGAAUUGGAAUGGGGUACCCGAACCCCUGUGUUCGCGUAAGGCGUUUGAGACCAGGAAUGGUCUGAGGGAGGCAUGAAGGCCCGACUCCUGGAUCUAAGAGGAAGGAGGGCUCGGACUUCUGAGGGAAAUGUGACCAUGGAGGAGGAAGAUGAGUCUCGAGGGAAGACAGAGGAGUCAGGCGAGGAUCGGGCUGACGGUCCGCCAGACAGAGACCCUGCACUUUCUCCUUCUGCGUUUAUCUUGCGGGCCAUUCAGCAGGCUGUGGGAAGUUCCCUGCAGGGGGAUCUGCCAAAUGAUAAAGAUGGCUCUCGGUGUCAUGGCCUUCGAUGGAGGCGCUGCCGGAGCCCACGGUCAGAGCCCCGUUCCCAGGAAUCAGGGGGGACUGACACGGCUACUGUCUUGGACGUGGCUGCGGACGGCCUCCUCGCAGGGCUGGUGAGUGUCCUGGAUCCCCCCGAUACCUGGGUGCCCAGCCACCUGGACCUGCGGCCUGGCGAAAGCGAGGACAUGCUGGAGUUGGUGGCCGAGGUCCGAAUUGGGGACAGGGAUCCAAUCCCUCUUCCUGUGCCCAGCCUGCUGCCCCGUCCCAGGGCCUGGAGGACAGGCAAAACGGUGUCUCCGCAGUCUCACUCUUCUCGACCCUCCUGUGCCCGCCACCUCCUCACCUUGGGCACCGGAGACGGGGGCCCUGCCCCGCCCCCCGCCCCCUCCUCGGCCUCCUCCUCCCCCUCCCCUUCCCCCUCGUCCUCCUCCCCUUCCCCGCCUCCCCCUCCACCACCCCCGGCGCCCCCGGCCCCUCCUGCACCCCGGUUUGAUAUCUAUGACCCCUUCCACCCCACCGACGAGGCCUAUUCCCCACCGCCUGCUCCGGAGCAAAAGUACGACCCCUUCGAGCCCACUGGCUCCAACCCCAGCUCAUCAGCGGGGACCCCCUCGCCUGAAGAGGAGGAGGACGAGGAGGAAGAAGAGGAGGAGGAAGAGGAGGAGGAGGAGGAAGGCCUGUCCCAGAGCAUCAGCCGCAUCUCAGAGACCCUGGCGGGCAUCUACGACGACAACAGCCUGAGCCAGGACUUCCCAGGUGACGAGAGCCCCGGCCGGGACCCCCAGCCCCUGCAGCCGCUUCCAGCCCUGGGAACACCGCCGCAGGCCGACUCCACCCGGGCUGACGGAGCCACGCGGCGGCGCGUAUUCGUGGUGGGGCCCGAGGCCGAGGCCUGCCGGGAAGGCAAGGUCUCGGUGGAGGUGGUGACCGCCGGUGGGGCCGCCCUCCCGCCGGCCCUGCUGCUGCCUGGGGACUCAGAGAUUGAGGAGGGCGAGAUCGUGCAGCCCGAGGAGGAGCCCAGGAUGACGCUCUCGCUCUUCCGGGCCGGCGGCCGCGCCGCGCGCCCUGCUUCCGCGGCCCAGGCCCCCGCUGCGGCCCAGCCGCCGCCGCCGCCGCCGCCGCCGCCGCCGCCCGCCCCGCGGGCCCCCGAGGGCGACGACUUCCUGUCCCUGCACGCCGAGUCCGACGGCGAGGGCGCCCUGCAGGUGGACCUGGGGGAGCCGGCGCCCGCCCCGCCCGCGGCCGACACGCGCUGGGGCAGCCUGGACCUGCGCCGCAAGAUCCUGACCCAGCGGCGGGAGCGCUACCGCCAGCGUUCGCCCUCCCCGGCCCCCAACGCUGCCAAUGCCGCCCCCGCCGGCCCGCCCACCCGCAAGAAGUCCCGGCGGGAGCGCAAGCGGAGCGGCGGCGGCGGCGAGGCCAAGGAGGCUGCCUUGUCCUCCGCCGGCGCGCAGCCCGCCCCGCCGGCCGCCGCCGCCCCCUGGGACUCCAAGAAGCACCGCUCGCGGGACCGCAAGCCCAGCUCCCACACGUCGUCGUCCGCCCGCCGCCGCUCCCGCUCCCGCUCUGCCCGCCGCCGCUCCCGCAGCACCGACCGGCGCCGCGGGGGCAGCCGCAGAUCGCGAUCCCGGGAGAAGCGGCGGCGGCGGCGGCGCUCCGCCUCCCCGCCCCCGGCCACCUCCUCGUCGUCGUCCUCCAGGCGCGAGCGGCACCGCGGCAAGCAUAGGGAUGGCGGCGGCAGCAAGAAGAAGAAGAAGCGGUCGCGGUCCCGCGGCGAGAAGCGGUCCGGGGACAGCGAGAAGGCCCCUGCCCCGGCCCAGCCGCCCUCCGGCUCCACCUCCUUGGGCGGGGAGCGCGACAGCCGCCGCCGGGGGGCCGUGCCGCCCUCCAUCCAGGACCUCACGGACCACGACCUCUUCGCCAUCAAGCGGACCAUCACCGUGGGCCGGCCGGACAAGCCCGACCCGCGAGGCGCCUCCCCGGCCCCGGCCUCGUCACCCAAGCGCGAGGUCCUGUACGACUCGGAGGGGCUGAGCGCUGAGGAGCGGGGCGGCAAGGGCAGCGAGAAGGACCGGCGCCGCUCCGGGGCCGCCUCCUCCUCCUCUUCGUCCCGGGAGAAGGGAUCUCGGCGGAAGGCGCUGGACGGGGGGGAGCGGGACAGGGACAGAGAGAGGGACAGGGACAGGUCAUCCAAGAAAGCUCGGCCCCCCAAGGACUUGGCGCCCUCAUCAGGGCCCCAGCCAAAGCCGGCAGUCAGCAGUGGCUCCGGCUCCUCGUCCUCGUCUUCGUCCUCGUCCUCCCGGAAGGUGAAGCUCCAGUCCAAGGUGGCGGUGCUGAUCCGCGAGGGGGUCAGCAGCACCACGCCGGCCAAGGAGGCCGCGUCUGCCAGCCUGGGCUCCAUUGGAGUCAAGUUCAGCCGAGACCGAGAGAGCCGCUCCCCCUUCCUCAAGCCGGACGAGCGGGCCCCUGCUGAGGUGGCCAAAACAGCUCAGGGCAGCACCAAGCCCAAAAAGACCAAGGUCAAGGCCAAGGCUGGGGCCAAGAAAGCCAAGGGGACCAAGGGAAAAACCAAGCCAUCCAAGACCAGGAAGAAGAUCCGCAGCGGGGGCAGCAGGGGCAGCAGCGGCCCGGUGACGCUGAAGAAGUCCAAGGCGGAUAGCUGCAGCCAGGCAGCCGGAGCCAAGGGGGCCGAGGAGACCUCCUGGUCGGGGGAGGAGCGGGCGGCCAAGGCCCCUAGCACCCCGCCCCCCAAGGCAGCCCCUCCACCCCCUGCGCUCACGCCCGACUCGCAGACUGUGGACAGCAGCUGCAAGACACCCGAGGUCUCCUUCCUGCCAGAAGAGGCCACCGAGGAGGCUGGGGUCCGAGGUGGGGCGGAGGAGGAGGAGGAGGAAGAGGAGGAGGAGGAGGAGGAGGAGCAGCAGCCGGCCACCACCACGGCCACCAGCACGGCUGCGGCCGCUCCGAGCACUGCCCCUAGUGCGGGGUCCACCGCGGGUGACUCAGGGGCAGAGGAUGGGCCAGCUCCCCGUGUCUCCCAGCUGCCCACACUGCCCCCACCCAUGCCCUGGAACCUGCCCGCUGGUGUGGACUGCACUACCAGUGGCGUCCUGGCCUUGACUGCACUUCUCUUCAAGAUGGAAGAAGCCAACCUGGCAAGCCGAGCAAAGGCCCAGGAGCUGAUCCAGGCCACCAACCAGAUCCUCAGCCACAGGAAGCCGCCCUCAAGUCUGGGGGUGACUCCGGCUCCUGUGCCCACGUCUCUGGGUCUGCCCCCUGGCCCCUCCAGCUACCUGCUCCCCGGCAGCCUCCCCCUGGGGGGCUGUGGCUCUACCCCUCCCACCCCCACCGGCCUGGCUGCAGCGGCUGACAAGAGAGAGGGCAGCAGCAGCUCCGAGGGACGUGGGGACACAGACAAGUACCUGAAGAAGCUGCACACGCAGGAGCGGGCGGUGGAGGAGGUGAAGCUGGCCAUCAAGCCGUAUUACCAGAAGAAGGAUAUCACCAAGGACGAGUACAAGGACAUCCUGAGGAAGGCCGUCCACAAGAUCUGCCACAGCAAAAGUGGGGAGAUCAACCCGGUGAAGGUGAGCAACCUGGUGCGCGCCUACGUCCAACGCUACCGCUACUUCCGCAAGCACGGCCGCAAGCCGGGGGACCCCCCGGGACCCCCACGGCCGCCCAAGGAGCCAGGACCGCCUGACAAGGGUGGCCCGGGCCUGCCCCUGCCCCUCUCUGAGACCCCAACCGCCCCUUUCCGCCUUCCCCUCUUUGGAAUUCUGGACGUAUUUAUGGCCCCGCCUCCCCACUUCCCUCCCCCAUCAGUGGGAUGAUUGGGGGGGGUCGCUGUGGGAAAGAGGAGAGCCCCCUGCCCAGCCCCUUGCGUCUCCUGCAGCCCGGCUGUCCCCAUCGCCCUGCCCUUCUGUUCGUGCCCCUCCCCCAAUUUCAUUAAAAUUUCAUGAAAUGUUACCCCCCGA